AUGCAUGGCCGCUGGGCGCUACCGGAGCCGCUGGUGCAGGAAACGCUGCGCCGAUAUGCAGACCUUCUCCGAGUCGGCUUGGUCUCCGUCAAUGACGAGGUAGUGCGGUGGUCCAGCGACACCUCCAAGGAGCUGCAGCUCCGGAGCUUCUGUGAAGCUUUCGUGGACAAGCUCCGGAGCCUGAAAGAGCUGUCACGCCUGGACGAUGCCAUACUCCGACUCAGCUCCUAUUGGGUUUGCAAGGCCUUCUCCAUCAACUACGCGCUCCACGAGGUGCUGACGCUGAUCCAGCGACGGGUCGGCAUGUUUUGCACCAUCGAGACACGCGAGGACCAAGGUUCAGCUUUGGUGUCCUACUCCGUGGAGGCCAUCUGCAUCCACAUCGGUCAGGGCGGCGUGCAGAUCGGAAAUGCUUGCUGGGAGCUCUUCUGCCUCGAGCACGGCAUCCAGCCUGAUGGCCAGAUGCCCUCCGACAAGACGAUCGGCGGAGGAGAUGACGCCUUCAAUACCUUUUUCAGUGAGACGGGCGCUGGCAAGCACGUGCCCCGCUGCGUGAUGGUCGACUUGGAACCGACCGUCGUGGAUGAGGUUCGCACAGGCACAUAUCGUCAGCUUUUCCAUCCGGAGCAGCUCAUUUCUGGAAAAGAAGAUGCGGCAAAUAAUUUCGCUCGUGGGCAUUAUACGAUCGGCAAAGAGAUUGUGGACCUGGUCUUGGACCGCAUCAGAAAGCUGGCUGACAACUGCACCGGACUCCAAGGGUUUUGCGUCUACAACGCAUGCGGCGGAGGAACAGGAUCUGGCCUCGGAUGUCUCAUGCUCGAAAGGCUUUCCGUGGAUUACGGCAAGAAGAGCAAGAUCUCCUUCACGGUGUGGUGCUGCCCUCAGGUGGCGACUGCCGUGGUCGAGCCCUACAACACUGUCUUGUGCGUGCAUUCCCUACUUGAGCACACGGAUGUGACCAUCAUGUACGACAACGAGGCUUUGUAUGAUAUUUGCCGCCGGAACUUGGACAUUGAGCGACCUACGUACACCAACCUGAACCGCCUCAUCGCACAGAUUAUCUCAAGCUUGACCGCAUCGCUGCGCUUUGACGGAGCCUUGAAUGUGGAUAUCACGGAGUUCCAGACUAAUCUGGUCCCAUACCCACGCAUCCACUUCAUGCUGACGUCCUAUGCUCCGGUGAUUUCGGCUGAGAAGGCUUACCAUGAGCAGCUGUCCGUGGCGGAGAUCACCAUGUCUGUGUUCGAACCGGCCUCGAUGAUGGUCAAGUGUGAUCCACGCCAUGGCAAAUACAUGGCCUGCUGCAUGAUGUACCGUGGCGAUGUCGUGCCAAAGGACGUAAACGCAGCAGUGGCCACCAUUAAGACCAAGCGCACCAUCCAGUUUGUGGACUGGUGCCCCACUGGCUUCAAGUGCGGCAUCAACUACCAGCCGCCCACGGUUGUGCCCGGUGGUGAUCUGGCGAAGGUCAUGCGCGCCUGCUGCAUGAUCUCCAACAGCACAGCUAUUGCCGAAGUCUUCUCACGCAUCGAUCACAAGUUCGACCUGAUGUACUCCAAGCGCGCCUUCGUCCACCACUACGUCGGAGAGGGUAUGGAAGAGGGCGAGUUCUCUGAAGCUCGCGAAGAUUUGGCGGCUUUGGAGAAGGACUACGAAGAGGUUGGCAUCGAAACAGCGGAGGGCGAAGGGGAGGAAGAAGGAAAGGUGCUUCACGAAAGCCAGAUUCCAGAUAUACACCUUCUUCAGGACGCCUUCAAUACCUUUUUCAGUGAGACGGGUGCUGGCAAGCACGUCGACUUGGAACCGACCGUCGUGGAUGAGGUUCGCACAGGCACAUAUCGUCAGCUUUUCCAUCCGGAGCAGCUCAUUUCUGGAAAAGAAGAUGCGGCAAAUAAUUUCGCUCGUGGGCAUUAUACGAUCGGCAAAGAGAUUGUGGACCUGGUCUUGGACCGCAUCAGAAAGCUGGCUGACAACUGCACCGGACUCCAAGGGUUUUGCGUCUACAACGCAUGCGGCGGAGGAACAGGAUCUGGCCUCGGAUGUCUCAUGCUCGAAAGGCUUUCCGUGGAUUACGGCAAGAAGAGCAAGAUCUCCUUCACGGUGUGGUGCUGCCCUCAGGUGGCGACUGCCGUGGUCGAGCCCUACAACACUGUCUUGUGCGUGCAUUCCCUACUUGAGCACACGGAUGUGACCAUCAUGUACGACAACGAGGCUUUGUAUGAUAUUUGCCGCCGGAACUUGGACAUUGAGCGACCUACGUACACCAACCUGAACCGCCUCAUCGCACAGAUUAUCUCAAGCUUGACCGCAUCGCUGCGCUUUGACGGAGCCUUGAAUGUGGAUAUCACGGAGUUCCAGACCAAUCUGGUCCCAUACCCACGCAUCCACUUCAUGUUGACGUCCUAUGCUCCGGUGAUUUCGGCUGAGAAGGCUUACCAUGAGCAGCUGUCCGUGGCGGAGAUCACCAUGUCUGUGUUCGAACCGGCCUCGAUGAUGGUCAAGUGUGAUCCACGCCAUGGCAAAUACAUGGCCUGCUGCAUGAUGUACCGUGGCGAUGUCGUGCCAAAGGACGUAAACGCAGCAGUGGCCACCAUUAAGACCAAGCGCACCAUCCAGUUUGUGGACUGGUGCCCCACUGGCUUCAAGUGCGGCAUCAACUACCAGCCGCCCACGGUUGUGCCCGGUGGUGAUCUGGCGAAGGUCAUGCGCGCCUGCUGCAUGAUCUCCAACAGCACAGCUAUUGCCGAAGUCUUCUCACGCAUCGAUCACAAGUUCGACCUGAUGUACUCCAAGCGCGCCUUCGUCCACCACUACGUCGGAGAGGGUAUGGAAGAGGGCGAGUUCUCUGAAGCUCGCGAAGAUUUGGCGGCUUUGGAGAAGGACUACGAAGAGGUUGGCAUCGAAACAGCGGAGGGCGAAGGGGAGGAAGAAGGUUACGGUGAUGAGUUCUGA